CGUUAUCAGUCCGCCUGCCCACAACUGACGUAACUUUAGCCUCCACUAGCGUGCUAAUUUUCGCAAUCAGUUAUCAUUAAAUCCCAUCCCCCAAAAAAUGAUUCGGCUUAAUGGGAUGUUCAGGAGCUGCUCGAGAGUUAUGCGCAACCAGGUGCAACUGUUCCACGUGGGAGAGGCCAAUAUCCUGCCCAGCGAGGUAGACAAGCAGUCCGCCGAAUACAAGGAAAAUGCCAGCGAGAUGGCCAGGUUGGUAAACGAGCUGCGGAACUUCACCAGCCAGGUGCUUAAUGGUGGCGGCCAAAAGGCCAUCGAACGACACACCUCACGGGGAAAACUCCUGGCCAGGGAACGUAUUAACCUGCUCCUGGAUAAAGGAUCGCCCUUCCUGGAACUUAGUGCUCUGGCCGGACACGGGUUAUACGGCGAAGAGAUGGUCAAUUCUGGUGGAAUCGUCACCGGAGUGGGACGUAUUUGUGGAACCGAUUGUUUGGUUGUGGCCAACGACGCCACUGUGAAGGGUGGAAGCUACUAUCCCAUUACCGUUAAGAAGCAUUUGCGCGCCCAAGAGAUUGCUCAAGAAAACCGCUUACCCUGCAUUUACCUUGUGGACUCGGGUGGCGCCAACCUGCCGCGGCAGGCGGAUGUCUUUCCAGACAAAUUGCACUUCGGACGCAUCUUCUAUAACCAGGCGAACAUGUCGGCCCAGGGAAUUCCUCAGAUCGCCGUAGUUAUGGGCAGCUGCACGGCCGGAGGAGCUUACGUACCAGCAAUGGCCGAUGAGAGCAUCAUUGUUAAGAAGCAGGGCACCAUAUUUCUAGCGGGUCCGCCGCUGGUGAAGGCGGCUACUGGAGAGGAGGUGUCCGCAGAAGAUCUGGGAGGAGCAGACCUGCACUGCAAGAUUUCUGGGGUCACCGACCACUAUGCCGUGGACGACGAACACGCCUUGUAUCUAGCCCGGCAGAUUGUGAGCAACUUAAACUUGCCCGCCACAAAUUCGUACAACGAUCAUCUGAUGCACUCAAGUCAAGCCAAUUUCCAGAAUGCUACACCGCCGUCUGCCAUAGAAGAACCGCGGUACGACGCACGAGAGCUGUACGGCAUCGUGGGUCCUAAUCUAACCAAAAGCUUUGACAUCCGCGACGUGAUUGCGCGCAUCGUCGACGGAAGCCGCUUUACGGAGUUUAAGAAGCUAUAUGGUGAGACCUUGGUGUGCGGAUUUGCCAAGCUAUAUGGUCACACAGUCGGAAUAGUCGGAAACAAUGGAGUCCUUUUCUCGGAGAGCGCACUUAAAGGCGCCCACUUCAUUCAGUUGUGCGCACAGCGCAAGAUACCGCUCGUUUUCCUGCAAAACAUUACUGGUUUCAUGGUGGGGCGCGAUGCAGAGGCCCAUGGUAUUGCCAAAAACGGAGCUAAGAUGGUCACUGCAGUCGCCUGCGCUAAUGUUCCUAAAUUCACGGUGAUAAUCGGGGGAUCCUACGGAGCGGGGAAUUACGGCAUGUGUGGUCGGGCCUAUUCGCCUCGUUUCCUAUACAUGUGGCCAAAUUCUCGCAUCUCCGUGAUGGGCGGAACUCAGGCAGCCAAUGUUAUGGCUCAGAUCACCGAAGAUCAACGCAAGCGAGCUGGCAAGGAGUUCAGUGAGGAGGAAGCCCAGAAGUUGAAGGCUCCCAUUGUGGAAAUGUUCGAGGCGGAGGGCUCGCCCUACUACAGUACGGCUCGUCUGUGGGACGACGGCAUCAUUGAUCCGGCCAACACCCGUCAGAUCCUGGGCCUUAGCCUGAAAGCAGCCUUGAACAACGCCGGUCAAAGUACCAAGUUUGGAGUCUUCCGCAUGUAAAUCCAAUUUGCAUGCUAGAGAAAUGUAAUUGAAGAGCAUUUACAGGCAUUUAAUGCCAGCCUUGAUUUCGAAACUAUUGCAUUUAUUAGCGUUAAGACAAUCAUUAACUAUGUAAUGUACAAUUGAGUGUUCAUUAGGAACCGGACGUGUUAAAUCGUUUUAAGCUUAUGAACCAAUUUUUAAUUUGCUAAUAUAUUUUUUUAUUUCCUGUGCAAAAGAACUAUUGUUGAUGUCAAAAUGUUUCAGCGAUUUAACAAAUACGCAAACGAAAAAUAAAAAAAAUAUUAUAUUCUGAAAA